UUUAUCGAUGAAUCCGUGGUCACACUGUAUUGCAUUCUCACAAAUUUUUGCCACGGACGUAAACAAGACAGACACCCUGUCGAAUCAUAGCUAUUCCGCUGCUCCAUUUUUUGUCUUGUGCAAAGUGCAAAGUGUAAAUAUCGUUCUAUUGUUCACCGAUUUCCGCCUUCUUCCGGAGGAUCUGCGUCGUCUCGUUUUCGUGCGCGUUAUUUCUGCUGACGUCGUUGUUUUUCUCGUCCCGUCGCAGUCGCCGUUGCCCGUCACCGUCUUGUGACUCUAUCCGUUUGCUGGCAGCGAGCGCAUUUGAAAAGAAAGUCGUAAAAUAUAAAAAAAAAACUAGAUAGAAGGGGAGGAGUAGUCGCCGCCGUCGUCGUCGUCGACGUCACACAGACACACAUACACACACACACACUCAUAGACGUACGCACAGAGAGAGAGCUCCAUACCGACACGGACUGACUGCAGCAGCGAAGCAGCAACAACAACAACAACAACAAGAGACCAGAGUCAUUGCAGCAGUGGUGCAGCUUGCUUUGGAGCACUUAAACAGCAAUAAACAUAGAGACAAAACACGAAACGAAAAAUUAUAAAAGCAAAGAAAACCUCUAGCCUUUGAACACAAUCAAAAAACAGUCACAAAAGUUUCUUGUGUGUGUGUAGCAAAAAUAAAACGAAACGAAAAUGAGAAAGCAAAAGGACGAUAUGCAGGUCAAUGUUGCCGGUCUACGCAGAAACAUCAAGAACCUAGCGCACAACUAUUCCGAUGCCCAGGUCAAAGUGCGUGAGGCCACCUCGAAUGAUCCGUGGGGUCCUUCGGCCGCCAUCAUGGGCGAGAUAGCGGACCUCACCUACAACGUGGUGGCCUUCUCGGAGAUCAUGCAAAUGAUCUGGAAGCGUCUCAACGAUCACGGCAAGAACUGGCGGCACGUCUACAAGGCGCUCAUCCUGCUCGAGUACCUCAUCAAGACGGGCACCGAGAAGGUGGCGCAGCAGUGCAAGGAGAACAUCUUUGCCAUCCAGACGCUGCGCGAGUUCGUCUACUUUGAGGAGGGCAAGGACCAGGGCACCCAUGUGCGCGAAAAGGCCAAGCAGCUGGUGAAUCUCCUCAAGGACGACGAGCGGCUCAAGAACGAGCGGGUGAAGGCGCUGAAGGCCAAGGAGCGCUUUGCCCUGCAUCCCAGCGGCUUUGGCAGCGACGGCUACAUUGAUGGGCCCUCGCAGCGUGACAUGCCGCCUGGCUGGCAGGAGGAGCCGCCCAAAUCACAAUCGGAACUGGAAAUGGUCAGGCCACAGACCGCUGGAGAGGAAGAACUGCAACUGCAGCUGGCCAUGGCCAUGUCGCGCGAAGAGGCCGAGCAGGAGGAGGCCAAGCGACGGAGCGACGAUGUCCGUCUGCAGCUGGCCCUCAGCCAGAGCGAGCAGGACUUCAACGGCCAACCAAUUACCAGACCCAAGAAGGAAGAGCCCCAGAGCCAUCUGCUGGACUUGCUGGACAUUUCGCUGGGCGCCACAAGCAUUUCGAGUCCGCCGCUGGGCGCUGCUGGCGGCGCUCCUGCGGCCGUCGUCGAUCCCUGGGCCACGCCCGGCGCCGCCCGUGCUCCCAGUCAGCUGUCAGACCCCUGGUCGGGCACCUCCUCGCCGCAAGUGGACCCCUGGCACCCCUCGGCCGCACCGCGCACCAUCAUGGGCGCCGGUGUGCCCUUGACCUCGGCCAUGGGAGGUCCCUUGGGAAUGGGAGCCACCGCCAGCGGUGAUGCGUGGGGUCUGCGCACACAAUCACCUUCCGUGGCCUCCGGCUCCUCGAAUGAGGGUUGGCUACAAACCAAUGGGAAUGCCAAUCAAAAUGGUCGCGGGGCCACGCCUGCAGGCGGAGGUCCAUUCGAAGCUCUGAUGACGAGAACCACUGCUGGCAGUGCCUUGGCAGCGGCGCCCCCAGCGAACAGCCACGCCGGCAACAAUGGCAGCGCCUCUGCGGAUCCUUGGCUGGCAGAGCCAGCGGGUGCAGCAGCCAUCGCACCAGCGGAUCCCUGGACACUGGAGGCACCGGUGCAGCCAGCGCUGGAUGAUCCCUGGAAGGCACUUGGAGCAGGAACGGGCGCUAUUAAGAAACAAUCCCCCGAGUUUGAUGAAUUCGAUUUGAUAACCAACCGCAACAAGAGCGCCGAUCAAAGCCAUUCGAAUGCCUCCAACAAUAACAAUAAUGCUUCUCUGCUCGACGACAUGGAUCCGCUUUCUUUGAACUACGGCAACGGAGCUGCCAUCAGCAGUACGAGCUCUGUCCAUCCCUCGACAGGGGCCACCGCAAAGAAACCGCUCAAGGAUCCGCACUCGUUCCUCGGCGAGAACUCGGCGCUGGUUAAUCUGGACAAUCUGAUCAAACCGAUAGCGCCACAAACGCAAUCGGGCAAUGCCCCAGCCUACAAUCCAUUCAGCGACAACGUGAUGCCACCCAAAACGAAUCUAUUCCAGCAACAGCAGCCAGCCGUGCCGUCCAUCAACCAGCUGAAACAGCAGGCUCCCUUUGCAGUCAGCAUGAACCAGGAUCCCUGGGCGCCAGUCAUGGGUGGAGGCGUCAGUCAGUCGCAGCUGAAGCUACCACCACCCGUGCGUCCGACUAGUCUUAAUUUGGGGUUGCCAUCGGCCCCUGUCUAUGCCUCCGGCAUGGAGGAAUUUCAGCUACUGAAAGCGUUUAGUAAUCCCGUCAUUCCCUCGGCCACACCAAACCAUCCGCAUCCGCAUCCACAGCAGAUUACGGACACUUAUCCGUACAUCAGCAAGCAGCAAGCGUUUAGUAAUCCCGUCAUAUCCUCUGCCCCACCACACCAUUCCCAUCCACAUCCACAGCCGAAUACGGAACAGAUCUACACUUAUCCGUACAGCAGCAAGAACCUCAGCAAUCCCAGUCCUGGCAUCGACAGCAUACGCAAUAUGGAUCUGUUCAGCGAGGCGCCACAGCGUCCCUAUUUCAAUAGUCCCACAGCCCACGAGGCUGAUCCAAGAUAUAAAUCCAAUAUGUACAACAGCAACAACAACAACAACAACAACAUCUACGGCACUCCGGGGCUGUACUCCACCUAUGCGUCCAGCUAUAGCAGCGCCCUAUCCGAUUCGCUGGCCGAAACGCCGGGUAUCAAAAUUGCACCCAUGACCUUUGGGGCUGUAUCUGAAGAUGUACGCAACUAUGGCAUGUCCACGGGAGCUACGGCUCCCUGCAACCUGGAACCAACCAUGGAGGCUUGGACGCUUAAAUAAAACACAUACAAAAUGCAAUAAAUGCAAAUGGCAAAACAACAACAUGCCUUGGAUCAAACCGGAAGCAGGAGCAACAAAUCCAUUUUUGUCAUAAGGAACAAGGAUUCAGGAGUAGGAUUCAAGAGGUGACAGCAGACAGGAGGACUCAACCACUAGAACAAGAGAACACAAGAACCAGAUAAUCGACUGCUUGCGGCUUUGGCUGGUGUGCGCGGUGCUGGUGCAAUGGCCGCCAACAAACAACCAGAGUAACGACAGCAAACCACAGCAAUUUAGCUCUACCAACUGCAAAAAGAAAUAUGAACUAAUUAAUAAAUUAUGUGUAAGAAAGUAUUAUUAAACUGUAAAAUAUGUGAUGUACAACAGAGUGGAAGAGAAAGAGAGAGAGCAUAGAACCAAGGGAAAGAGAGAGAGAGAGAGAGAGAGAGAGAGAGAGAGAGCAUUGACAGCCACCACACCACACCAGACCAGGCUAGGCCAGCCGCCACUCUGUCUCUGAACACACUGGAAUCCUGCGAUCGGAUGCCCACAUUCAACCACAGAACUUGAGUUUAGAAAACACAUUUGCAAUAACUGAAACCAUGUAAACCUUGUUGUAAGAUAGCAGCAUAGGGAGAGCCCCCUUCGCCCCCCCCGCUCACACACACACACGCUACUCAACAGGCAAUGAAAUUAUUUUACUACUCUUCACACAUUCUAAUCGUAAUAGAAAGUUGAGUGGCGUGGUUGCUGUUGACGGGGGGAGUCGAGCCCCUUAGUCGAUACACCCCUCACACAUACACACACACCCACACACAGACCCACUGUUACGAGUUGUUGCAGCUUUUGUGGAGUGGCGGCAAACACACACCAAAAGAAAAUGCAGCCGCCAGAGAGUGCAGAUCAUCGAUAACGAGAGUCCAAACGAGAGAUGCAAAAAUGAAAACUAAAUGAGAAACAAAUUGUUAUAUAGCUUUAAAUUUUGCAUUGGUCAAAGAGAAUGUUAAAAACAGAGGAUAAACCAAUUAAUGUGUGCUUGUAAUUGUAAUUGUAAUUGUGAAAUGUUAAUGUCUCAUUUUUGUAACACUUUUUAUUGUGCGUGCGCGUGAGUUCGAUUUUGAAACAUACAUUUUUACUGAUAUUUUUGAAAGGCAGUCGAUUCGUUUGUGCAUAUAUAUGUAUUCGCUUUUGGUCCACCCCCGAACCGAACACAGUGCACGAGUUUUGCUGUUGAAACCAUUUUUUUACACAUAUAGAAACUAGUUUGAAAUUUACAAAAAUGAAAGAACGAAUGAGCCCCUAACACAUAUACAAAGAGAAAGAGAAAGAAAGAGAGAGGGAGAGAGAGAUAGAGAGAGAGAGAAAACCCAAUAUUGUAAAAGCGGAUCGAGUAAGAGGAGUGUGGAACUAAAAACGAAACAAAAAAUGGUAUACAUUUAGGCUAGAAUACGUAAUGAAUUGUGUAAGCGUAACUUAAUGAUAACGAAAUAUACAUACUUAUAAAGAGAA